CUUCAUUAUUCUUUCUCCUCGCAGACUCCCCCGCCAACACGACGUCAGCCGUGAUUCUGCCUGGAGCAGACGAUUAUUAUCCCUGCGAGAAUAUCCGCGCAUCUACCGCUCCACCCUGUGAUUCACUUGACCAUCUCUUUGAGUUGGCUCUUUCCCUCCGACAUCUCAACACAAAAAUUCCCUUCACGCCCACCGAGACUCUUCUCGCCCCUCCGACGACUCUUCCGUCCUCGCUAUCAACUCCACUUCCCCGCCCUAUAAAUAUUUCUCACCUUUCUCUUUUUUCGCUUCAUUUCGAUAACCAUCGAUAAUCAUGGCCGCCGCUACAGAGAACGGUCACGCACCGGUGACUGAUGAAAACACCGCUCCCGCCGUUGCCACCGAGCAGACUGAGAAGACCGAACAGACAAAUGGCGACUCGGUUACAGUGUUCCAUAACGCGGAAAACUUCAAUGUUAAGCAUCCUUUGAUGCACGACUGGACUCUUUGGUUUACCAAGCCUCCCAGUGGCAAGGGCGACAACUGGAAUGACUUGCUCAAGGAAGUCGUGACAUUCAACUCUGUGGAGGAAUUCUGGGGAAUCUACAACAACAUCACACCAACCUCCGAACUUGGCCUCAAGGCAGACUAUCACCUUUUCAAGAAGGGCAUUCGGCCCGAGUGGGAAGAUCCCCACAACAAGCACGGUGGAAAAUGGUCCUACUCCUUCAAAGACAAGCGCUCCGUCCCGAUCGAUGAGUUAUGGCUGCACGCCCAGUUGGCCGCAAUUGGCGAGACCCUCGAGAACGAUGGCGACAGCGAAGUUAUGGGUGUCGUGGUGAACGUGCGCAAGGGUUUUUACCGUGUCGGUCUCUGGACACGAACUGUCGGCAAGAGCAUUCCCGGAGACAAGGGCACCCGCACUCCCGCCCAGGGCAAGGAAGUUUUGGAAUCUAUCGGUCGACGAUUCAAGGAGGUCCUGCGCCUCAAGGAAUCCGAGGUUGUCGAGUUCUCUGGACACACAGACAGUGCUCACAGCGGUAGCACUCGGGCCAAGGCCAAGUACACUGUUUAAGCGGUCAUGAGAUAAUGUGCUAUCCUGCAUUUAUGAUCUAUUUAAGGGGCGUUUGCUUCUGUUCAUGGGAGUGGAAUGGAAAAAAAUCUGCGUCAUUAUGGGCGACUACGAACGAGGACUUGAUGGCAUGAGAGACUGGACAUGGGGACAGAAGAACCCCCGGCUUGACUCUCUGCAUCCAGCAGUGACGAUUUGAUCAUAGGCAUCCGCGACAUGUAUCUUAUUCGAAAACGCAUUUCCUAUGAGUUUUAUACCAUUACAUGUCAAGGUUGCUGCUUAUUUUCGUUUUUAUUUUUCUGCUUUACGUUCUUGUAUCCUUGUUCUAUUUGUAUGACUGUUUCCUUUCCUGGACAUUUUAAUGCGAGAA